GAGACCGUAACUCUGGAGACAAAACCAAAACACUGGCUGCUAAAGCUCCACCGCCGUCCUUCUCUAAAGGAUGAAAUGGGAUUAAUGUGAAGAACUUUACUAAUAUAUUAAUACCACAUUACUUACUGCUCACUUUCCCUCCCAUGAGAGGCCAUGUGGCGGCAUCCCUGUGAGGAUUUCAGGGUUUCAGGAGUGCAGUAUUUCUCCCGCCAUAAAGCAGAGGUGAACUGCUGCUCAUUCUCUCCGGACUGUCAGAUCCUCCUCACCUGCUCGGAUGACGGUGGGCUUUAUCUGUGGAGAGCAGCGACCGGGAAACUCCUGGCUAAAGUGCACGGACAUGCAGGGCCAGUGAAAUGCUGUGCUUUCUCCAAGGACGGCCGUUUCUUCGCGAGCGCGUCUCACGACCGUUCCGUUGGAGUCUGGUGCACUUCAACCGUUGAGCGUGUGCACAUACUGACAGGCCACACAAGGAGUGUUGAGACAGUGAGCUUCAGUGUGGACGGCAAGUGGCUCGUGUCAGGGGGGUGGGACAACACGGCCCUACUCUGGGACACUGAGACUGGGCUGAAGAUGAGGGAGCUACUGGGUCACAGUGCUGCUGUUCAGAGCAGCGCGUUCUCCACUGACUCACAGCUUCUGGCCACAGGCUCCUGGGACCACUCAGUUAAACUGUGGGGUCUCAAUGGUGAUAAGGAGGUUGUAACAUUGGAUGGGCAUCAGGGAAACGUGGCCUGCCUCUGCUUCUCCACCACCGGGAUGCUGGCGUCCGGGUCGUGGGAUGGAACCGUGCGCGUGUGGUCACCACAGAGGCGCGUGUGCGUGUUCGUGUUGGGCGGGGGUGAGCGUGCGUGGGUCAGGUGUGUGGUCUUCUCCAGAGAUGGACUGGUGUUAGCGUCCACAGCUGAGGGGGACACGGUGAAAAUCUGGGACAUGGCGAACGGCAGGUGUAUUAAGUGUUUACAGGGCCACAAGGACUCCGCGUAUGGGUGCGUAUUCAGCCCCAGCGGUGCGCUCCUCACCACUGGCUCUGACCAGCUGGACCUGGGAGAAGAGGAGGAUGAAGAUAGCGAAGAACAGGAGAAGAGGAGCAAGAGAAGAAGCAGCCUGGAGGAAGACAACAGGUCAAACGCAGAGAGGAAAGACCAGGCCUCUCAUGCCAAUGAUCCUUUCUGUGGACCAUCAGGAGCUCCAUAAUGAAGUCUGGAUGUAACACUGCGAUGGACGUCAGUAGGAUGAGUUUCAUUGGUUGGGCGCUCCAUCCACCACGCGGUCAACCCUGCCCAGGCUUAAUAUGCAAAAGUUUGUCAUGUUGAUUUUUUAAGUGUAACUUAAUACAUACUUUACUUCUGCACA